AUGCCAAGUAAUGCAAAUGAGGAGUCAAGCAGGCGGCCCCAGCCCCAGCUUGGGUCGGUUCUAGGCGGGUCUGCAGACGGAGAAUUGUUAUCAUCGACCGAUCAACAUAUGGGUGCAUCUGGGUUUAUUAGGCAGUCAUCCGGGUCAUUCUUGGACAACAUGAUUGAUGAUAGCCAAGUGGAAGACAGCAUGGACCCGGAGGCCCGAAGAGAGGCCGCUGAUUGGACCUCUGAGCGUGGAUUGGUGACCGAUAUUGCAGAAAAUGAGCAAAUUGCAGAAAAUGGGCAACAGGAUGAGGCAGGAGACGAUAUGGUGGAUGAGGAUGGCCAGAAGGAUGAUGAAUGCCAGCUGGCAGGUGGCAAGGAUGCGUUUGCUGGUGGGAUCAAGGAGCUGGAGGGCAUUGGAUUGGUGGAUAUUGGAAAUUUGGCAACUUGGACAGCAUCCAGCUUUAAGCCUGGAUUUGGAACAAAAGAGAUGCGGGAGGACUCUCCCCUCAGCUACUGGCAGAGUGACGGGCAGCAGCCACAUUUCAUCACGAUUCACUUCUCGAAAAAAGUGUCGAUCGAGCGCAUUUGUAUGUAUCUGAAUUAUGAGGAAGACGAAUCGUACACUCCGUCGAAAAUCCUUAUUCUUUCUGGUUCAGGGGACCACGACCUGGUUGAAGUUGCAUCACGUGAAUUUGUGGAGCCUGUUGGGUGGCAGCACGUGCUUUUUAAGGGGGUGCGGUACGACAACUUGUUGAAAUGCCGGCUUAUAAAGAUAUGCUUUUUAAGCAAUCACCAAAACGGUAAGGAUACACACGUGCGUUGUAUUAAGGUGAUGAGUCUGCAAAAGAAUGCGGGAACGCAUUUGGAUGAUGCAAAUCCUUCUGGUGUGCAGAGUCUGCAUUUUACAAGCGUGAAACUUUUGAGUGAGAGCGUAAUUAGAUGA